AUGGCUUCCUCAGCUUCCACCAAACUGACUGUGAAAUUGCUCAUUGACUCAAAGCGUGAAAAAGUAUUGUUCGCUGAAGCAUCAAAGGAGGUCAUAGACUUCCUCCUUAACUUGCUUCGCUUGCCUCUGAGUGCUGUCAUAAGGCUUCUAAACAAGGAUGGCAUGGUUGGCAGCUUAGGCAAUCUCUAUCUAAGUGUUGAAAAUCUGAACGACACUUACAUGCAACCAGACAUACACAAGGAUGUCCUGUUGAAGCCAAGAGCUCCCAUUUCUUCCCAGCAAUUCUCUGCCCUUCUCCCAGCCAAUGGUGAUGACUCUGAUAAUCAUAACGUGGAAGCUUCAUUCUACACGUGUUCUAAUCAACAUUGCACCGGUGCUUAUAAUGUGACCUGUGAUAACAAGACUAUUUGUCCUCAUUGCCGGUUUGUUAUGACUAGUAAAAUAACUUAUGUUGGUAAAAAGGUUGCUGAAGACGUGUUUCCCAAUAAUAGUGGAUUUGUGAAAGAAGUUGUAACUUACAUGGUCAUGGAUGAUUUAGUCAUUCAGCCAAUGUCAACCAUCUCAAGUAUCACUCUACUGAACAAGUUCAACGUCAAAGAAGUUGGUGCCUUGCAAGAGAAGGUGGUUGAGUUGGGGAUGACUCAGGGUGUCGAUUUGCUUAAGGCUUCUCUGCAAUCGAAGGCCGUUCUCACGAGUGUUUUUCUCAAGAACAUUUCGGCAAUCUAAUGUUUUAUACAAUUUUGCAUUUUCUUAUAUUUAAUGUUGUUUGUCUUUAGUUAACUUAAGGUCUUUUUUAGUUUUGAAGUUUAGCCCUAGGGCUAUAAUAUUAUUUGCUCUGUCUAUAUUUUGAAUCUAUAUUAUUGUUUUUGUUCUACUGCAAUUUAUCUGUGAA